AUGGUAGUGUGUGGCAGAUGUGGAGCUGAUGUUCGCGAUUACAUCCAAUGCUGUGCGUGCAACAAAUAUUUCGAUUUCCCUUGUUCGGGAAUAACCGAAAAGGGUUGGCGCAAGCUUGGGCUCGAGCGGCAGGCCGUAUGGAAAUGUCCGGAUUGCAAGAUUGUGACGCCGAAACCCACUGCGGUUACAACUACCGACACUGACGGUGCUCACCUUGUGACUGUGACGUCCUCUCCCAGUGUGCCAAGUGUGCCUGCCACAGCCCGUACUGACAGAACUGUUGUUUCGACUGGCGAGACACGUGACCACUCAUCCCCGCACGCUGCCGUAACGUUGGACCAGGUGAUGCGGGAACUCAUGUCAAUAAAGCGUACUUUGAUUCCACUGCCCGAAGUAAUUACCGGUAUACAGGAAAUAAGGAACGUCAUCGGCAAAAUCAAUACAUCACUGUCGGCUCUCUCUGACAGAGUUGAGGUCUUGGAAACAAAAGUUAAGGCUGCAGAGGGUGCUCAUGAUGCUGUUCUUAGGUUGGAAGCUCGUGUCAUCCAAUUGGAGAGUGAUUUGAACGAGAAAAACCAGUGGGCGCGACUUAACAAUGUCGAGAUUAAAGGAGUUCCAAUGAAAGACCGUGAAAAUCUUUUUGAUGUCGUCGCGAAAAUUGGCUCCAAAAUAGCAUUUCCUAUCGUCAAGCAAAACAUCAAUUUUGUUGCGCGUGUGCCUUCCAUGAAUGACAAAGCUAAACCGAUUAUAGUCUCGUUCAUCAAUCGUUACGCGAAGGAAGAUUUUGUUGCUGCGGCGCGUUCUUUUAAGAACCUCUAUCCGAUUGAGAUCGGGCUAGAGGGCAGGAAUCGAAUCUACAUCAAUGAUCAUCUCACGGUCCAAAAUAAGUUGCUGCUAAAUGAGGCUAAGAAGUUGAAACAGCUUCGCGAUUACCAGUACGUGUGGGUAAAAAACUCGAAGAUAUUUAUGAGAAAGGACGACCACUCAAAAAUAAUCGCGAUCAGGAACCCACAGGACUUGGAAAAACUGCGCUGAAUAUAAUAUCUACGCUUGUGUCCUUCGCAUUGUGCCUUUUUUAUAUGUACUGCUCAAUUU